AUGGCAAACAACACGGUGAUUCUCCGGACUGACAUUCUUCUUGGCCCCAAACUGCUAACAAAUGCCUUACUCACGUCCUCCAUGGAUGUGAACUGGUUAAUCCAGCGGUUUGUUCCCUCCAUUCAACUCUCCACCUUCUCCAUCCCCAGUGAUAGGCUCUCCCCCCAGGUCAUCCUGCACACAAUCUGCGAGGUUGGCGUGCUGUUCAAAGUCACUCCAUUUUCUGCUGAUGAAUCAACUUGGUCAGAGUUCAAGUCUGUGCACAACUCCUGUAUCCAAGACAGGAAGAGCCUCUUUGUCCACAUCGAAGGACGGGAACUGCACCUGGUCGCAGUAGAGUCGACGGAGUCCAGGCCAUACUUCUGGGCCUAUGUUUGUAGGACAGGCCAGUACUCUGUCUGCUGCAAUAUGCUCAACCAGCGCACGCUGGCUCUAGUCUUCGAUCUUGAUGAGACACUCAUCAUCGCCAACACAAUGAAGUCGUUCGAUGAUCGCAUUGCGAGCGCGGAGAGGAGGCUGAGGGCCGAGCCUGACCCUGAGAAGCAGGCUCAGUACGCUGACGAGUCAGCAAGCCUACAGAGGGACAAAGACCUGCUGAGGGACUACAUGGAUCGCAACAAGGUGACUAUUGAAGAGAAGGAGUUUGAGGCUGAGUACGAGGAGGCGCCGUCUGCAGUCACUCCCGGUGUCGUUCUUCAGCGGCCAAUCAUCAGGUUGCCUGACGGAGUCAUUCUGACGCGCAUCAACCCCACCAACCGGGACACGAGCGUGCUGAUCAAGAUCCGGCCCUUCUGGGAGGACCUGCGUGAGUAUAUUCUGAUCAAGGGGCGCAAGCGCUUUGAGCCGUUUGUGUGCACGCUAUCCGAAAAGGAGUACGCCUGGGAGGUGUGGCGGCUGCUGGACCCAGGGGGCCGCCUGAUCGAGUGGGGAGCCCUGCGGGAGCGCGUAGUGUGCGUGCGUCCCGACAUCAAGAAGUCGAUCCUGGGGGUCUUCUCGGGCGUGUGCUGCAACCCCUCCAUGGCGAUCGUCAUCGACGACCGGCUCAAGGUGUGGGAGGAGGAAGACCAGAGCCGAGUCCACGUCGUCCCUCAGUACGCGCCCUACUCCAACCCCGGGUUGGAAGAAGGCCUCGAGCUCCCCGUGAUGCACACGGCUCGCAACGCCAUCUACAACACCCGCGCCGCCUACUUCAAGUACGUUGACGAGGACCUGGUACAAACCGUAGCGAAGCUGACCCCCGAAUCGGACCCCAAGACCCUCCCCCCACGGCCUGACGUCAGCACCUUCCUGAAGGCGGAACCGAGCUUCCCCCUGGCGCCGAUCGGGGGCGCCGCAGACGGCCUGACGGGGCCAGAGGAGCGGGCGCAACUAGGGAAGGGGCCCAGGAUCGGCGAGGAGAGCGGGACAAAGGAUAGCACGAUGGGGGGCGACACUGGUCCCGAGGUAUCCAGCGCUUCUGCCGGGGGGGGUGAGAAACGGCAGGAGCCCGACAAGGGGCCAGCUCCCAUGGAGAAGGGGGAGACAGACGGGCAUGACAAAGGUGGGGAUGCCGUCAGUGAUGGAGUCAGCGGAGAAGGGGCGGAGUCCGACGGCGUUCAGGCAAGGAGUGAGGAGGGAAAAGGGGCAAGCGGGCAAGGGGAGUCGAGGCCGCCACAGAGGACGAGUUCAGACGUUCAGCGCAUGAAGGAGACAGCGCCAACAGGGGAGAAGGAUGGUGUCACGGCCAAAGGCGUACAAUUGCAGAACGCCGUGAACGCUCUGAGCAGUCUGAGUGGGGGCCAACAGAUCACUCACGAGCAGUUGGCAGCCUUGCUGGCAGCAGCGCCUCUGCUGGUCAACGCGGCCCCCCAACUGGCGGCCAUCCUUCCCCAGAUCCAGACCUUGUACAACCUCCAGCAACAGCAGCAGCAUCAAGUGGCCCCUCUCAAGCCCCCCACGCCCCCCGGCCAGCCCCCCCCCGCAGCGCACCCACAGCCCCCCCCCCUUCCAACCCAACCCCGGCCCCCGGUCAACCCGCCCCUCCCCCCGGGUCCCCCUCCCCCCGAAGUCAUUGAGCAGGCGCGAGCCGCCCGGCCCUCGUCCUCAUUCCCCGGGCCCAAACCUCCCCCGUCUCUUCCCCCGGGUUUCC